GCAAAAACUUGUGACAAGACGUUUUGAAAUGGUCAGCAGCCUACUUCGAACGCAGAUUGUCUUGGGGAAAGUAGCUGAAACAGCAACGUUGCCCGUCAUUGUUCCUUUGCGUGUUCGGGGACUUGACGCCCUAGUAUGCACGUCCCUACCCGUAUAUGAUUCGCUGGCCGCGCCUGUGCGCGUGUCGCGUUGCGAAAUACGACAAAGUCAGAAGGCAUGCAUUUGCUGGUUGGAUUUCUCAGCCCAUCUCUUACGUAGCAGUUGUUGCUUCGCUGCCACGCAGCCAUGCCGGCAUCUCAGACGGCCGAGCAGCAGGCUAGCACGAGGCCAACGUGUCAUGGAGAGCUGUUCUUCAUGUACGACCAAACCGCCAUGCAUGGCGAGGAGGGACAGCUGGACGAAGCGGUCCUCUACUAUUACCCAGAGAAUGAGUUCAAGGGCGACAUGCUAGAUUCAAUUGAGACGCAGCAUCGGAUAAUGCAGAUGAUGGGUGUCAGUCAAGCGCUGGUGGAUCUGAGUGGUGAAAUGCCCACACUUGUGACGUUUCGAAAGGAGCAAAUAGCCCUGCGCCACUGGGGUAGAUACACGCUGGCGUUGUCUGCACCACUGAAGGAGUCAUCCUAUCGCCUGCAACGCUUACUGGACAAGCUCUUCGAUGUCUUUACGUUCUUUCAUGGCAGUCUGGAGCGAGUACAUCUGCAAGCGCAGAAAGACCUGGACACGUUCCGCUACUUGGUCUCGACCAUCUGGUCGUGCUACCUACCGUUUGUACGUCGCUUUGGCAGCAGCACUGCAUCACUCUUCCAUCCGUUACCUUACGUACCUCUACCAAAGAGAGAGGGACAUCUCUUCUUGCAGGCUAGUCAUAUCUUGCAGUCGGGUCAGCGCUUACCCUCAGUGCUUGGUGGUGCAAUUCUCUUCCAAAGCCGGAUACUGUGUACUCAGCUUGAGCCAAUCUUGACUCAUCACUGUCUAUCACUGAUGUUCUCACCAGAGAGGUCUGAGGAUGACAGCCCUGUCGAUCACCCGGGGAUUCCCCUCCCCACUGCAAUCGGCGACCGCAUACCGUCCAGCGUACGCCUGCUCAACGUGUUUGUGACGGCGGAGCAGUACGACUUGCUGUGCCAGGCGUCGCUCGGCGUGCUCGGCGCUGCGGCCUGCAUGUCGCGCGCCAGUUCAUCGACGCCCAGUGCCAGCAGCCGCUCUACCUGUCAUAGUGGAGUGUCCACUGGUGGUGGGGGUGGUGAAAGCAGUGAUGUGUUUGUGUCGCAGUCAUCCUCUAUCUCCAGUAUUCCACUAACUGCCUCUGGCCGUUCGUCUGGACUUGAGUCACGGAGCUUGACUCCGCCGUCACCGCUCAGUUCUAGAUCAUCGUCUCCGUGGACAAGCGGGCAGCUGUCACGCUCCGCGUCCUCGGCUGCCGGCAAUGGCAGCAGACCACGUUUGGUUUCCAACUGGAUGAGUGAAGGACGGGGACCAACCUCAAGUGAGCAAAGUCCAAACUCGCCACGGCAUUAUAUACCGGAGGAUGUUUCUCCGACCAUGGGUUAUCUCAGGAGGCAUCCCGGUCAUGGCACAAUGGGACGUGGAUUAGAGAACGCGCUCAGAGAAGCAUUGAUAGAUUCGCCGGUGGCAGUGGACCUCUCGUCGUCUCAUUCCUCGAUGCCUAGUGUGCCUCAGUACCCGCCCGUCGACUUCACCUCACUCGGAUGGAGGCCAGCAUCGGUACCUGCAACUUCGGACAAGAGCGACAACGUGACGUCGACUAACAGUCGCGAUGAGAGCGAAAUGUCUCCAAGCCCAAACAAUAUGACAGCAGUUGGAAGUGCGAGCGCUCACGUCUCAACGUCUCACACCCCCAUCGGCAGCCCGGAGUCAGCAUCCAGCGCACUGCGCAGUUCCGUGCAGCCAGGCGAUGGUGAUCCGCCAGCGGCACAACCAGUGGCCAAUGGCUCAUCCCGUGCACUCGACGGCGAUGUCGCCGCGAGUGUUCCGAAAGACGUCACGCGUACACCGAGCGGCGGCAUCGUUCACAAUCUCCCCGGUCGUCGUGGUGGUGGUGAUGAUGCCACGCCAAUGAACAGCCAGCCGUCGUCCACCACUGAUGCCCUGCCCGUAGCCGCCCUGGAUGAUGCAGCAGUAGUCGAUGGAGGUGCAGGCAGUAGUUGCACGGCCGAGGACAUGGAAGUAGGCGUCCUCACGAGCAGUGGCCGACUCUUGGAGUCCUACCAUAAGACCGAGUCACUGGAGAGCGUAGAGGAAGACGCUGCCUAUCCCGGUACCACGCAGCAUUCGUGCAGCUCCACCCGCCGCAGCUCCGACUCGCAGCAGCAACAGCAGCAGGAGGAGGAGGAGAGUGUCUUUCGGCCGGGCCGAGUGCAGUCAAGCAGCAGCAAUCCCGAGCUGCAGCUGGCUACGGGGGCCGGCCAGCGAGUGCGUAGGGGCAAGCGCCCUCCCCCUCUCAGCCAGACACCCAGGACCCUGACCGCCGAUCUCGGCAGAAUGUCGCCGGGUGGAACAUACCAGCACAUGCGUCCUAUCAGCCCUCACUUGGGUUUCCGACCGUCAGCUAUAGCAGGGAAGGAGACCCAGGAGGUGCCGCAGGGACUAACCAGCCCGCUGACCGGCCUCUCCCACACUAACAGCCGAUGUACCACCCCGCUGUCGGGCAGUGUCGGCGCUACUGGCGGUGGUAAAGGAACGCCGGUGACUUGCUCAAGCGUGCCCGGACUCGAUCCUUCAGUCGUUGCUGAGCCGGUGGUUCUAAGCUUGGCAGGUGGCGCUAUCGACGAGGUGGAGGGGCUCAAGCGACUCAACCUCUACGUCCAGUCGCACUCCGCCACCACGAUGGUACUCGUGGCCGAGUCAUCACUGCAAGACGAUGAUGUCACCAUUAUGUCAUUGUUCAAACACUCCCUGUCGCAACUUGGUGACCUGGAGGUCAACUUGAAGCACGCUCUGGACGACGACUUUGCAAUAUCAUCAGCGGAUUUCAGCAGCUUGACGUGGGAUUCCUUCAACGAUACGCUGACUUCUGUCAAUCUGCCAACGAGCACGGAGCGAGACAGUCGCGCAGAGCUGGCGGAAUGCUUGCACCGCUCUGCAGACGCCAUGCAUGACAUGUUUGCUAUGUCGAGCACCAUAUCCGAUGUUACGCUCAAGAGCAAUCAGGGCAGUGUGUACGGCCGACGCACGUUUGGUCGUGAGACGUACUUCCAGCAGCGUCCCCGACCGGGCGCAAUGUCCUGGCAGGGCAUAGAGCCCACCACCAAGGCGUUUGCGCUGGAGCAGACCGCUCACGAUGACCUGCAGCGACGCGCUACGCUUCUCUUAUAAGGUGAAAUGUGGACGCUUUGUGCCAAAAGGGUUGAGUGCCAUGGAUACGUUGGAUCCGCUGCAACCCUGCUGCCUUUCCCAUGCCAGCCUGUUUUCACGUAUUGCCUUGCUAGCAUAGCUGCCGUGCUGGUGACCACACUUCCAGUGUAAUGUUACCUGGUGCAGGUCAGUUAAUCUUGUGGUCCACACGGUCCACGCUUUCUUGACUAGGGUUGUUUUGGUCUGCAUCGGCAGCGAUACUUGAGUCUUGUGCUGUGCUCGAAGUAGAUUUGUUUUCCCAGAUUUGCCCUUGACGGACGAUGCCCAUUUGUUUGUUGGCAGUUGACCUGCAAUUUCACACCUGCCUGCUUAUGAUUCUCUCAGCAUUUGAUCAUCAUGAUUUCACGCAAUGGAACAAGACGAUAUGUUUGUAUUAGUAUUGCUACGCGAAGGGGAAUUCCCAAUGAGCAUGCGAAGUAAACGUUUACUGAACCUGACUGCAAUGUCCUUGUUUCUAUGGAUUGCGCCACGGUGUGCAACACGACGAACACCACACGCAUGCACGUCCGUGAACACACGCGCACACACACACACACACACACACACACACACUCACACACACACACAAACACACAGAGUUUCAUCAUUCAUUCGUGCAGAUCGGGUUACACUCUAUUUUCUUCAUUAUUCCAGUGUACCGGCAACAUUUCUUAGCCUAGGGGCCUUUGUCUCAUGGUUCAGCAGGUCUGUAACCUUUUUUCACAAUUAUUGUUCAGCUGACUUCCUUCUUCUUGUAUGCGUUCUCUCUGCUUUGUCUCUCUGAGAUCAACACUGCUGUCUUCAUGCAGUGUGUACUAACAGUUAUUUUGGUCGUCUUUUUUCCUGGGCACAGUUCCUUGUUAGAAUUUUGCGCAAGAAUUAUUCGCACAGAGAAUGAAAUACGACGUCAGCGUGAAUGUUGCACGCGAUGAUGUA